AUGGAACGUUUAAUCUUACUUGGCUUGACAUUGACUAUUGUAAUCGCUGCAGUUAUCGGACAAGGAUAUCGUCCUCCACCUCCAGGAAAGUCAAUCUGUAGUUUACCUGCGGAACCCGGUUUGUGCAGAGGCUACUGUCCCCGGUAUUAUCACGACACUAAAACGGGCACCUGCCGUGAGUUUAUCUACGGAUGCUGUGGAGGAAAUGCAAACAAUUUUCGAACUAAAGAACUCUGCAAUCGGGUUUGCAGGAACAAAUUCUGUUCAAGGAUAGGGUGUCUUAAUAGAGCCUGUACUACCGAAACCUGUCCAGCCUUUCCCCGGGCCACCUGUGUAGCUGUUUGUCCUUGUAUGUCUGUUUGGAUAUAUGACGGAGAGGAUGUCACUGACAAGUGUAAUAACAAAGGCUAAUCAACUCACAGAAGAACAUGGCACAAAAUUGGACAUAUACCGAUUUAAAAACUAUUUUUGUAAUUACUCCUGUGCUACGAAAAUA